AUGACCGACUUAAAAUUAGAAUUACCUACCAAUAAAAAAGGCGAUAAAAUUGCUAAUUAUUGUUAUAAUGGCAGAAUUUAAAUAUUUUUGCCACUAAAUACCAGUAGUGUUUGAUAAAGUGAAGCGAACUCAAAAUGGUUGCAAAAACAACUUUUACAUUUUCUUUCCUAGACUAUAUCAUUCUUAUCAUUGUUAUUACGAUUAGUGCUAUUCUAGGGAUAUACCAUGGCACGGGUAAAAGGCAAAACACUGCAAACGACAUAAUGAGAAGCAAAAAAAACAAUGUUAUAGUAAUUGCACUUUCGGUAACAGUAUGGUAGCCAUUUCUCUGCAUUGACUUUCUUGGGAGUUCCAGCAGAUGUGUACAGAUUUGGUGCGUUUUAUUGGUGGACUUGUCUCUCAAUGAUUUUGGUUGUUAUUCUAACAGCUUACAUUUACUUGCCUGUGUUUUUCAAUCUUGAAAUUGUCUCCAUUUAUGAAUAUUUGGAGCGAAGAUUUGAUCGGAAAACGAAAUUGUUGUCGUCGUUUUUGUUUGUUUUAGCUGAAGCGCUUUACUCUCCUUUAGUAAUUUACACUCCAUCUCUAGCAUUUUCAGCAGCCACUGGUAUCAAUGUUCACAUUAUAACGUCCGUAAUGUGUGGAAUAUGUGUUUGUUACACUGCAAUUGGGGGCUUGAAGGCUGUUAUUUGGACCGAUUUUCUUCAGUUCAUUGUAAUUGUUGCAACAAUGUUGUUUAUCAUUUUUAUUGGAUUGCAAACACAAGGAGGAUUUCUAUCGGUUUGGAAUACAGCGAUUGUGGGACAAAGACUGGAUAUAUUCGAUUUUGAUUUGGAUCCAACAAAACGUAACUCUUUUUGGACCUUGGUUAUUGGAUCAACCUUUCAGUGGAUAAAUUACAUCAGUCUCACACAAACCGGGAUGCAAAAAUUCUUAUGUUUACCCACAUUUAAAGCCUGUGUGUGGUCACUUAUUUAUUGUGCCCUUAGUAUGUCUGUUGUUGUAACAGUUGCUAUAUUAACUGGUUUAUCAAUUUACGAUCGAUACGUAAAAUGUGACCCACUGAUCAGCAAAACAAUAGAAAAACAUGAUCAGAUCGUUCCUUAUUACAUUUUGGACGUUACAGGGAACAUGAACGGGAUUUCUGGAGUUUUUAUGGGAACAAUUUUUUGCGCCGCUUUGAGUUCUCUAUCGUCAGGUUUUAACGCCACGUCAAAUGUGAUUUACAAAGACUUUCUUACUCUCUUCCUGAAACGAAACAUUUCGAAACGAAAAGUAACAAAUAUUUUGCAACUGAUUGUAGUUGUUGCUGGACUUUUUGCGGUUAUGAUGGGCUUUUUGGUGGAACAUUUGGGAGAACUUGUUCCUUUAACUAUAAGUGUCACAGGAAUGGUAUCAGGACCAUCGAUGGGAAUAUAUACUUUAGGGAUGAUGUUCCCAAAAGCUAAUUCAAAUGGUGCUUUUUAUGGUGCACUUGGUGGCAUUUUAGGGAGUGCUGCCUUCUUGGUACCAAAAGAGUAUUACCAGUACCAUAAUUUGAUCAGUUAUCCUCACAAGCCACUUUCAACCGAGAACUGUAAUAGCAAUUUAACUUUUUUCUCGUCUUUAGAUAAUAAAACUGUGUCAGAGAACUCAUUUCAACCACCUUUUAUUUUCCGAAUUUCGUACGACCACCAUUGUUUCAUUGGAGUAAUUAUUACUGUUAUUUUGGGUUUAAUUAUUAGUUACUUGACCAACAAGAAUGAUGCUCCAGUUGAUAAAAAAUUGAUAAGUCCGAUCUGUCAUUUUCUCUUACCUAAACACAGAGAUAGGGAAGUCAUGGAACAUUUUAUGGAGAACAAAGACCAACAAAACAGUUAGGACAGUCAGUGUUUGUAGAUACUUAUAAAAAUAUUUUUGUACUUGCUUAAAGUUAUUAUGAGACAUUUUAGGGAUAACAAAGAAUAAAACAAUAAAUUACUGUUUGCAAAUAAGAAUAACCAUGCAUUAAAAAAUAAAUAAGUAUUGUUGUUGAUGUUGUAAAAACUCCUCGUUAUGAUACUAUAAUUUAAACCUCAAGAAAUAAAACAUUGUUUUCUGAUCAAUUUAGCUUUUUUGAUGACCGACUUGACUUUUACAAUUGCUUACAAAAAAAACAUUUAAUACAAUUUUGUAAUUAUUGCAUUCAC